AUGGAAAACGUCACGCGAUUUCGAUACGAACCGCUUUCCAAAGACAACGAUAAGACAAGGUCGAUCCGCUUGCUUCAUCUCCGGCCUGGGUCACCGGGUGAACCUGUUAAUUGCAGCAUUGUGCAUCAAAAUCUCCGUAACAAGCCAGACUUUGAAGCCUUGAGUUACUGCUGGGGCGAUGCUGCAAAUCCUCUGCGUAUUUACAUUGGCAAGGAUUACAUUGACGUAACCCAAAACCUCCACGAUGCCUUGCUCAAGCUACGCGACAAAGAGAACACAAAAACUCUCUGGAUUGAUGCGAUAUGUAUCAACCAAGACGAUCUUGCGGAGCGAUCGCAGCAAGUGACCAUCAUGAAGCAAAUCUACCAACAAGCCAGAAAGACAGUUGUUUGGCUUGGCCCAGAAAAUGCAGAUACUGCGAGGGCCUUUGAGCUAAUACCAUACCUCAUGGUGGUCUUCACAGACGCAUUUCAGGGAAUGCCACGCCCGAUAAGUUAUGAUCAUAAUGUCUUAAGGCACCCAGCUAUACCGCGAGUGUAUCAAAAAAUGCAAUUAUUCGAGUCCUUUAUGCAAUUGGAACAACGCCCCUACUUCACCAGAGUCUGGAUCAUUCAAGAACUUGCUGUGUCACAGAACAAGGUUGUACUCUUUUGGGGAGAGCACAGCGUGUCCUGGGAAGAAUACCUCAUAGCCACAUGGACGUUCGCUUGCUUGCAAAUUCAGAAACCGAACAGAGACAAACCUUUGGGCAACUUCCUCCAUUUGAUCAGGCCUGCGAUAGAGAUGGCGGUGUCGAACGUCAAGCUCAUAGGCCUUUUGGAUCGAUACCGACAACAGGAAUCCACUGACCCGCGGGACAAAGUGUUUGCGCUGCUAGGAAUCGCUGAUUCGCAAGACGUCGCCUCUCUAGGCUGCAACGUGGACUAUAACAUGACCACUGUGGAAGUCUAUACACGCCUUGCAAAGUCAUAUAUACAGAGAGAUGGUAACCUUGAUAUACUCGGCUAUGCCAAACACGGCACAAACAUCGCAGGAUUGCCUUCCUGGGCGCCCGAUUGGACAAACCAGGGAGAGAUGCCAAUCAAUUUACGGACUCCAAUCCUGUCCGGCAUUUCUCACAAUCACCAUGCUGGAGGCGAUAAAGAUUGCAGAGCUAGCGUGUCAAUGGACGGAAUCACUUUAAAUGGCAAAGGUGUUAUUUUUGACAAGAUCGCAAGACUGUCUGGAGUAUAUGGCGAAGCAUGGGGUGAAAACUGCUGCAUUCCUCACGUCUUGGAAACAAUUGCAGGAUUAGCUGAGAAAAGCGAUUACAUUGCCGGAGGUACAGCUCUGGACGCCCUUUUCAUCACACAACUUGCCGGGUGCCCCAAACCUGCCUAUGAUAAGCUACAAAGAAGAUUUCAUGAAGUAUGGGAGGAAGCGAAAAGCCAUCCUUCAGAAAAGGGGAUCCGUGGCUCUGUCACUAUUUCAACUGUGCAAGGCCAACAGGAAAAAAAGAUCAGCGUAAGGCCAGUGGAUGUCAGGGAAACGGGAGAGACUGAAGCACUUCUAACGGCAAGCCUCAAGUACACUUUGAAAAGGCGAUUUGCAACAACUCGCAAGGGUUACUAUGCGUUAGUGCCAGAUAAAUCUGCCGUUGGAGACACAAUUGUCAUUUUGAGGGGAGGGAAUUACCCAUUUGUCUUGCGUGCUCAGGGGCAAAGCUGGAGCCUUGUGGGGGAAUGUUAUGUGCAUGGAGUGAUGAAUGGAGAGGCAUUCGAUGAAUCUGUCUGUGAAAGCGUGGCAAUAGUUUAA